AGAAAGGUUUUAAAAUUAAUGUCCCAUAUACUGGACAAAGUGAAUCAUCGGUUGUAAAUAAAAAACAUAAAAAUGGCCAGAAAACCUUUAAGCUCCAACGAUAUUCUCCAAAUGUUGGAAUCAGGCAAUGUAUCUGACAUAGAUUUAUCGGAGGAUGAUGAAGAAGAUCUCAUUGAAAUAGCAGAUGACUCUUUAAUUUUUAACGACCCUGCAUUAAUUGGUAGAAGCGAAAAUUUUGUAAGAGUAGGGGCGGAUGUGAUUCAUAAUAAUCAGACCGAAUUGCCUGAAGAUUUAAUUUUUGAAGAAAGUGACGAUGAAAGUUCUAAAGAAAAUAUAGAUACUUCGAACAAGCAAAUUUCUACAAAAGCAGCUAAAAUAAAAAUAUAGUGGAAAAAAGCUGAAUUUCAAAUAAAAAAACUGGACGCAUGGGACAAUAGUUUCGAAUGCGAAGAAGUUGGGUCUCCAAUUUCGUAUUUUAAUAAAUACUUGCCCGCUGA